AUGAACCCAUUCCAGGACAAUCCUACUCCCGAAGUUCCUGUCUUCCUCCCUGCUGUCUCGGCGCCAGAAGGACUCUUUGCGGUUCGCGGAAAGAUGCCAGAGUACCUUCGUGGCAUGCCACACACCGCUCCUGAGCACAUUGCGCUUUCUAUUCGUCAAUGGGUUCCAAACUUCUGUCUGCCACCACCUCGACCAGAGCAUCCUGAACGUCGUGCCUCGAAGUCGCGGAUCUUUACCUCAAUCAAGAACCUUGUCAAUAAGCGCAAUGACUCGCAAGAUGUGAACUGUGAUACACCAACACGAGGUCCUACGCCAGAGAAGAAGACACGCAAGAACAGUCUACAGAAACUUGGCUCUUUUUUGAAACAUCCCUUCAUGUCCCAAGCACCAACAGAGGUGGAGAAAGUCGACAGCUGGAUGAAGAAGCAUGUCGAAGCCACUGCGCCCCGCACUCUCGUCUCUCUCGAUCCAGCAACUCAGGCACGCAUUCUCGGAGACGUCGAACUGAUCCUGGUCACCGCUACAAACAACUUCCUUGUCCACGAGGCCAACGCGGCACGUCUUAACCCCGAGAUUGUCAUGCGUUUUAGCCACGACUGGAGAGCCCAUGGUCUUCGUCCUGUGGUCGAGUUUCUCUAUGACUGCCGCACCCAGUACCAUCUCGUGUUGGCCAACAUGCACACAGUUGAGUUCUCAACCACGUGCAGCCAAUCCGUCCACCUGCGCGACUCAUGCAUGCAGGUCUGGUCCACCAUCGUCGACGACGUCUCAGUGCAUGCCUUCUGCCUCCCUGACGACAUCGUUGUCAAGCACCUCUACGCCCUCCCACAAGUGUUGAGGAUGCUGCGCGCCCCCCAGUCGGCGCACCUGGCCGUCCGAGGCCUUCAGUUGAAGACCUCGGCCAAAAUCGCCGAGCGCAAGGCGUUGGGCCGAGCGCGGAAGGCCGCUCGGGGCCCCUUUGCCGUCCGCGUGCCCCAAUACGGGGACGGGUUGUUCCACCGGCGCGAUAUAAGCGUCGACUCAGAGGAGGAUGUGUUUGGCGGUCUUGAGGCCGUCGUGGCCAACAUGCCGGCGCCGGCGUCGCUUGCUGCGGCACUGGACGGACCCGGCCCGACCGUCCGCAAGGACGAUCGGGUCGGCGUCCUCUAG